AUGGCAACCUCAAGCAAUGACGAGGACUAUCAUCUCCAGUAUGCCUUGCAACUUGCAAGUGCAUCAACUCUGCCUAUGGUAUUCAAAGCCGCAACAGAAUUAGGUGUGCUUGAAAUCAUAGCAAAAGCUGGUCCUGGUGCCUUGCUCUCAGCUUCACAAAUUGCCUCUCAACUUCCCACUCAAAACAACCCAGACGCCCAUCUUGUGCUAGACAAAAUCCUAUGCCUUCUUGCUAGCCACUCUAUUCUCACUUGUUCUCUGGCUACCAAGAACCAGGAUAGCCAGGUUCAGAGGACAUAUGGGUUAGCACCUGUAGCCAAAUACUUUAUCAAGAACCAAGAUGGAGGAUCAUUGAGUCCCAUGUUAUCUAUGAUUCAGGACAAAGUCAUAACGGAUCUCUGGGGGAAUCCGUUUGACAAGGCUCAUGGGAUCAAUGUUAUGGAGUAUCUUAAAAAGGAUACCAGGUUUGGUGAACUAUUCGGUUCCUCCCUGAAAGGCUUAAACCCCAUAUUGAUGAAGAAAAUUUUGGAGACAUAUGAUGGUUUUCAAGGUCUAAAAACCUUGGUGGAUGUGGGUGGUGGCACUGGUUCUAUCCUUAACAUGAUCAUUUCUAAGUAUCCUGCACUUAAGGGUAUCAACUAUGAUUUGUCCCCAGUUAUAGAAAACUCACGAUCCUAUCCAGGUAUUGAGAGUGUUGCAGGGGACAUGUUCGAAAACAUUCCAAACGGAGGAGAUGCCAUUUUCAUGAAGUGGGUAACCCAUAACUGGGAUGAUGAGCAGUUGCUAAAACUGCUAAAGAAUUGUCAUGAAGCUUUACCGGACAAAGGAAAAGUGAUAGCAGUGGAUAUGGUAGUUCCUGAAAGACCUGAAACCUGUGCUGCAGAUAAAAGCUUCCUGCAGUUUUAUUUGUACAUGACAAGCAUGAAUCCACAGCUAAAGGAAAGGACAGAAAAAGAAUUUGAAUGCUUGGCUAAACAAGCUGGAUUUUCUCAUAUUCGAGUUGCUUGUCGUGCUUGUAAUUUCUCUGUAGUGGAGUUCAUUAAAAAUAACUGA